AUGGAUGCGGCCGAGGAUAGGGAGGUUAAGCUCCAGCGUGCCUCUGGAGACCUCGUCCAAGAGUUUUCCGAGAAGCUGCCAUCUCUCCUUUGGAAGACUCGACCCGAUCAGCCAAACACCCGCAUUCCACGGAGAUGGACCCCCGCCGCAAAAACAGAAAGACUCGUCGGCCUGUUGGAGCCGUUUCAGGAGUGGCCGCAGCUGUUGGACCCCCACCUGCAGGCCCUUCUACCCCCUUCAGUUGAUGCCUUUCUGGCAUAUUUGCUGAAGCAUCGCGAUCAAUACGCGUCCAAACCCGCAGGAUUGCAAGGUCAGAAGACAGCGUAUCCUCUUCCAAGAGCGAUCUGCAGACUGCUUUAUACCUUUUGCAAAGUCCGUGGAGUCAAAGUCAUCAGCAGGUUCUUGAACAAUGAGCCCAAGUACCUUGAUCCGCUGCUCCGCGCUUUCGUCGAAUGGGAUGCCGUCAAAGAUGAACCUGAGCUAGGCCUUGGAGACAUUCCCCUGCGACUGGUCUGGGAAGAACGAUAUGUGAUGCUGAUUUGGCUGUCGCAUUUGUUACUUGCUCCCUUCGACCUGGCUUCGAUGUCGUCGGAUGAUAUCCCGGUUCCAUAUGACAACCUUGGGGCUUUGAAACAGAUGCCAAACCGCACACCAGUGGUUACAAAGUCUCUACUUUCUGUGGCCUUGAAUUAUAUUAACGUCUCAGGUAAAGAGCGGGAAGCCGCUACAAUUGUUUUGGCACGACUGGUGCUUCGGCGUGAUAUGCAGGCGCUUGGGCUUUUGACUAAUUUGACGGACUGGGCGUUUUCGGUUGUUCAGCCUGCAGGUAAUCUUGAACCCCCUUCAGUCUACACGUGUAUUGGGGUGUUGUCUUUCAUCGCUCGCCUGGGUGCGUCGGGCCAGGUGGAGGACUUUGCUCCCCUGGUGUCUCCCGUCUUUGGACAGACGCUGCAGAUUCUGCAGGGCAACUCAGCUGUCUCAGACGUUAUCAAGUCUUCUGCGCUGGCAAGGAAGACUAUCAUCAAAAUCUUGCGUACGGUAACAGUUAUGGCCUUGUCACUCAGUGAGAGGGGCGACAGUACAGUCUCGGACGACCAGGUUUCUACAAUUCUAGAGGAUGCAAUUGAUCACUUCCUCGUCGCUCUUGCUGAUAAGGAUACCCCUGUGCGCUUCGCAGCGAGUAAGGCCCUAAGUAUUAUUACAUUGAAGCUGGAUCCCGAUAUGGCCGCGGAGGUCAUCGAGGCUGUUACUGGUUCUCUGGAGGAGAACAUUCUGUAUGAGAAGCGGGACGGCACCAUCGUGACACCGCUGGAGGCUCGGAGGAUAGGCAUCAACACGUUGAAACGGAAUUUGAGCGCAGUGGACGCUCAGAGGUGGCAGGGGCUGAUCUUGACGCUCGGCCAUCUCUUGUUUCGCCGUGCGCCUCCUACCCAUCAACUCAGCGAUGUGCUUCAACCACUUAUUUCGGGCCUUGACUUCGAACAACGGUCAUCAACUGGAAGUUCUGUCGGUACAGGUGUACGCGACGCCUCGUGUUUCGGAAUUUGGGCGCUGUCUCGCAAGUAUACCACCCAGGAACUGCUUGCCUUGAAACCGCAGACAAUCAGCACAGCCACAGCUCAAGGUGAAGAAGAAAGCACAUUGCAGAUGCUAGCGAUCGAACUGGUGUGUGCCGCGUGCGUUGACCCGUCUGGAAAUAUUCGGAGGGGUGCUUCUGCAGCACUGCAAGAGCUCAUCGGGCGACACCCCAACACAAUUGCCGAAGGUAUACCGCUUGUGCAAGUUGUGGACUACCAUGCGGUGGCUCGGCGCUCGCGGGCAAUGAUCGAUGUUGCCAACGCAACCGCUGCUCUCAGCCUCCAUUACUGGAGCCCACUUGUCGAAUCAUUGAUGCACUGGCGAGGUAUUGGAUCGCCUGAUGUAGAGUCUCGCAGGCAUGCGGCCAAAGCAAUUGGAGUUUUGAGUACGCAGCAGUCAUACAAAACAAUGCAACAAGUGUUCCAGCGGCUGCUGAAUAGGCUAUCUAGUAUUUCACACAGUGACGUGGAGACUAGACAUGGCUGUCUUUUGGCCAUCGCGGCUACGGUUGACGCAUUCAACGCCCACCGUGAGGGGGAUCCCAUAGAUGCAUCGGAGGCAGCGAGUGUCUCGCAUUAUGUGGCUAAGGCCUGGGAGAUAUUUGGCUCUCCGCUCGGACCAACCAAAGAUGACCUCACCCUUCAGACUUUCCGGCCUGAGCUGACAGCGGAGGCCUCUUCUCAGUUGAUCUGUUCUCUUGCUCAAUCAGUUACCCUGGCCCGUGAACCACGAAUUUCUCAGCCCUCAGUGGAUUUACUAACCAAGGCCCAAGAAACGCUCUUGCUAUGUAUAUCACGGAGCGAGGACACCUCUAUCGAGAGCUCAUCCAAUGCAGUAUCCGAACUUCUACCUCUUUUACCACCUGACAAACAAGAGAAGAUGAUUCAGGGGUGGUUUUCCCACAUCCAUACUACUUGGAACCUGCCAACAGGCCGCGGCCAGAUCACGGCCCUGGGCACAGUGUUCAAACGAAUUGACAAGAACAGUCCUCUCAGAAAAUCUAUCAUAGACAGCAUAAUAGAAUGUGCAGAGAAAGAAGAACUGAUCGAGAAGAGAGUGGCCGCUGUCAAGAGCUUGGCUACCGGUGUUCUGCCGCAUAUAGACGUGACCGAUGAUAUCCUCAAUCACCUCGUCCGUUUCCUGAAUGAUUAUACGACCGAUAGGCGAGGAGACAUCGGUUCUUUGAUUCGGCUUGAAGCGAUUCAGGCCGCGAAGACGGUCCUAGAAGCAGGACCAAGUCUUCCCAAUCAAUUGCCUGGGGUGCAAGAUAUUGUUGGGUGCCUUUGCCGACUUGCAGCGGAAAAGCUUGACAAAGUACGUGUGCAAGCUUGGAUUUGUCUUCAGGGCUACUGGGAAACAGCCAAUGGCUUUCCGCCGUUGACAAGGAAAUACGAACACUUCAGUCAUGUAUCCUCAACGGAGUAUCUGCUGCAGCUGCUCCAGUUGCAGAGUAUUGAUUGGCUGCGCCGGCCUCUGUUCCAAGGCCUUGCAACUUCGGCCGUUGCUGGUAGCGAAGGACUGAUUCGGUCGUCUCGCUCAGCUUUGGUACAGAGCAUUCAAGAAGCAGAAGAUCCGCAGGCUGCAGUAUUGGCCAUAAUCAAGGACCUGGCUGCUAUAUUGGGCGAGAACCUGCAAGACGAUCGGUUCGCGAUUCCUGUGCUUGAGGUCUUGGCGUUCCUAUUGGACAGCUUUGUCUCUUCUGUGUCCGAUGACUCGAUCCCAAGUCUGCGAAAGCUGUUUGUUCUCGUCCAAAGAGCGCACUUCAAAUCGUCAAACAUCGUCCGACUCGAAGCGGCAGUCCGGGCUUAUGCACCCCUGUCGAGGAUAGAGCAGCUACAGACGGAAGUGAUCAAGAAAAUGACGGCGCUGCUACUGCAUCCGUUCCCGAGGGUACGUAACACUGUGGCCGAGUAUAUAUACAUAGAGACGGAAGUUGAAGUAGUCAAGACGGAAGAUUGGUCCAAACCGACCAAGCAGUUGAAAGAGCAGGUUGAGAAGUUGAGGAAGACAUUGGGUUGUAAUUAG